AAGUUUGAACUUUAGCUUACCCCGGUCAGUUUGUGCGAUAGCUAUUAAAUUAAGCAAACAAAUAUAGGGCCAGCUUUCAUGUUAUCAUAAAAUGUCACACUGUCCAUGGCAUCAUGUCCUAUUUUUGUAGAUUUUAGCAGAGGAUAUAAUGACAAAGCAGCUUUUCUGCAACAGGAAAAAUAAGCUUGAGACGACUGUGACAAGGGCAGACCCCCUACUGGAAGACCGAAAGACACCUUGAACAGAACCAUACUGGAAGGAGGAGCCCGUUUGCUUGAGGCGGGGUUUUGGCAUUUAUGCUUGAAAUAUAAAGGCCCAUGGGAAAAGAUAACGAGGAUGAAAUGAACAAGAAAUAAAUUAGGCCACGCAUCAAAUAUUGACGUUGACGGGAUUAAUAUUAUUUUUGAAUGAAAUGUUACAGGGAAAACUGCAACCAGAACCUCAUUAAUUCUGAGAUUUUUUUUUCUUGAGAAAGUUUUACCCUGCAGGCUAGGAGACUGGUGGUGUUGUAUCAGUCUUCCUGAGUCAGAGCCGAGAGGUCAUUUGGCUCCCUGCGUUAAUUCCAUUUGCGCAGUCAUGCCUGAAGUAGAUAACACUAGUCAUAAUUGCGAUCCUCCCUAGAUAUGUGUGUGAAGUGAAAUAACUAAAUGAGAAUGGGAGAUGAAUGAGGGGAUUACUUUUAAAAAAUCGGUCCGCCCCAUGGUCGGCUUUGUCUCCCGGAGGCUAAUCGGUGUGAAUCAAGAGAAGCGGAUGUCACGAAUGGUGGUUGAGAUAUGGGAAUUGCGCCGUCGUGACAACGGGAAGGAAAUUCAAGGCCUGAUCAAUUGAACAACUCUGCGGUAAUCUGAUCUUCGGAGCUCCCUGAGAACUGGACGGACACCAAGGAGACGCUGCUGGAGGGCAUGGUGUUCAACGUGAAGUACCUCGGCAUGACCCUGGUGGGCCAGCCCAAAGGAGAGGACAUGGCAACGGCUGCCAUCAGGAGGAUCGUCACCACGGCCCGAGCCAGCGCCAAGAAGUUCCGUAAGGUGACCCUGACCGUCUCGCCCAAGGGAAUCAUCAUCACCGACGCGGAGAUCGGCGACCUCAUCGAGAACGUCUCCAUUUACAGAAUCUCGUACUGCACCGCAGAUAAAACACAGGACAAGGUCUUCGCGUACGUAUCCCAGAGCCAGUUCAACGAGACGCUGGAGUGUCACGCGUUCCUCUGUCAGAAGAAGAAAAUUGCACAGGCAGUGACACUAACAGUCGCCCAGGCCUUCAAAGUGGCACUGGACCUAUGGGAGAUAGCACAAGAAGACAAGAUCAAGAAAGCUCGCACGUGCUGUUCCUGCUCAGGAUCCGACCCACAGACAGGGACAGACCCCCUUACCCACCCCCACCCCCACCCCCACUCCCACUGUGUCUCAGAUUCGGAGAAGAGCACAACCCUGAGCAUUGGGGAGAGACUGCGGAAGCCCUUCCUGUCCGCUUCGCUGCACUCGCCGUCGCCACGUAGCAACCCAUCCAAGAGGCGGCCAAUCAAACACGACUCCUGGGAUGUGGAAGACGGUCUUGACGAGGCCUUCUCAAGACUGGCAGAGUCCCGCUCCGGACCGGCGCUGUCUGAAGCUGCAGCUCUGAGUCUGACGGCAGCCGAUCUGGCGGACCUGCUGUCAGGCAGCGACGAGGACGACUCUGAGUGAAGGACCCCUCCAGCAUCACCCAACACCCCCCCCCCCCCCACCCCACACACACCCAUCCAGGACAGUCCACAGUCACAGUCUUCAAUCGAAAGAGACAGCCUGCCUCAUCUCCCAUUCACCAUCUCACAGAUGCCCAAGGCUCUCUCCACCCCCACCCCCCCUUUGCACCCCCAUAAAAACCACAGGUCUCUCUUUCUCUCUCUCUCUCUCUCUCUCACACAACACACACUGACUGCAAUACUGCCUACAGCUAUCAUCUUCUUGUCUCUGUACAGCUGAGACACCUUACAACAAAUACCUCACAGACGGCAAUGAAUUUCUCUCCAUGCACGCAACAUUUCCCACAAGGAUCUCCUACCACAAACCACAGUCACUCCCAGAUGACUUUCAUGGAUAUUUUUCCUUUCUGACAGCACAAGUCCCAUGUUCCAAGAGGAAGGAUCAGUUCCUACUGAGUAGGCGGCAUCUCCGAAUGAUCAAUGCAAGGCUGAGAGGCCUGCCUAAUGGACUAAAUUUCCCAGAAUCACUUAACCACAAAUAUUUGGCCACAAACCUACCAUCAAUAAUUCAUACAGUAAAUGGUAUCAAAUAUAAAUACAAAAAAACGAAAGCGUUUCGACUAUUGGCUCCCAUGGCAGAUGUGCGUAUUGAUGAUGUGAUGUCUGCCCCUGCAUUCUUUUUGAGAGUGCGGUGAAGCUAAAAUUAACUUGAAUUCGUUCCCAGAAAGUGAGUAAGCCAUGUCAGCCUUUGAUGUCUUUGAUAUGUUGGGACUUUCAUGCAGAUGAUGACUCAGCAAUUUCACCUUGAUGUUUGUGUGACACACACACUCUCCUUCAGUCAUCCUAACACUUGGAUUACCUUUUUUGUUGCCGAGCGUGUGACUUGAUACUGUGUCGUCUGACUUGAUCGAACUCAAACAGCUGUGGUCAUAGACACAGAGGUUCUCUCUGUGUGCAGACGUAAGGUUUACAUCAACACAGGAUUCUCUAACUAGCUAAAGCUCGAGACUACCUAACUGUGAGGACUGUCAGCCCAAAUUUGGCACUCUGUUAAAGCUGUUUCAGUAGCAGCACACACACGUUUGACCCCUGCUCCAAGGGAGCAGAUAUGAAAAGGCACAACAUCUCUCAAUUUAUCUCUUGCUCUCUUAUUUCUAAUUUUCUUUUUAAUUUCUUUCUUUCUUUCUUUCUUCUUUCUUUCUUUCUCUCUUUCUGUCUUUCUUUCUUUCUCUCUUUCUUUCUUUCUAUCUUUGUGUCUCUGUCUUUUGUGCGUCCUUGGACAAACAGGGUAAUUCAUAGAAGAAAAUGUUAGCAUGAAACUUUGAAGGCAUCUCAGGUUCCAAGCAAACUGGAGUGUUCAUCAGAUUUGUGCAUCUCCUUCAUGUCAGUAUGUCUAUCAUUGUGGCCUAUUUAUUGGACUGGAUAUUUGUUUCUCUCUCUUUUUUUUCUUUUUUUUAAGUGAAACUUGACUGACUGUUGAAAAUGUAAUUUUACUUCAGAACCCAUGUAUGGGAUCUUCAUAGCACACACAUGAACACAACUGUUGUAUGAAGCAUGAACUGUAUGGCAAACAUAAGUUCCUAUAUGUACAAAUGCAAGAUAUUGUUCAAACUUUAUACAGGCUCUCUUUAUAUAUGUUUAAUAUUUACUUACCAUGAAGUGUGACCAAAGUUUUGUGUGAUUUUGUUUUGAGAUUAGGUUGAAUUUGUUUAGAUUUGUGAUUAAUAUCCUUGCUUGUAUUACAUUAAAGAGGUAGUAAUACUUGUGUGUAUAGCACUAAACUUUUGCAUUAUUGACAAACAGUUCUCAUAGCGGGAUUUACUAUAUUUUAAAAAUAAGAAAUAGAUUCAUGUUUGUGGCCUAAUGGCGAAGCUGAUAAAGAAAAUAGUUUUUAUUUACAUUGUAAAGUUGAAGCACAUUCCUGGCAUUGUUACUCUGGCCCUCUUAUUUAACUGGUUUGUAUACCUAUACUAAGUUUCAUAAUUCAAAUGUUUGGCCCUUGUUACUUAAAAAACACAAAGAGAAUAUGGCCCGAGCAUGGCAGUACUUACUGACUGCAUUACUUCAUUCAUCACUGUUGGGGCAUCCGUUACCAAAACAGCCACUGCAAGGAAUGUUCAUAUAUAUAUACCAUAAGAGCAGAAAAAUGACACACAUUAUGAUACUGUAUUUUUUCAUAACUAUAGUAGUAUACUUUAAUGGAGUUUUCUCAUACUUCUCGUUCUUUAAUUUCCCUGUGUGGGAUUAAUAAAGGUUAUUUUAUAUACGCUAUCAUUAGUAAAGUAGGAUCAUGUAUUGGCAGUAUCUACUUACCAGAUUGGCAGUUCAUAUAAAUUCAUGUGACUUGACCAGGCCACCAUCUUGAAGUACAAUAAGUAAUGUAGUUUGAGCCUAUCCAUACCGUAUUCAUCUCUGGAUUGCCCAGUAAAGUUUGGUCAGUCAUUUGCACCCUUUCUCCUCUCAAGGUCAACUUCAAACACACACGUUUUAGCUGAAUAUGAACUCUUUGCAGUUGACUCUGAAACUUUAAAUUGGUCCUCUGGUUCUUAUGUGUGUGUGUGUGUGUGUGUGUGUGUGAGACAGAUUUAAUGUUUCUCACUUCUUUUAGUCUUGCAUUCUCUCUAUGUUUCUGUGAAAUUCGAAGUCGAGGCUGCAAAUGCGACUCAAUAUUAUGCAGUUAUUUUAGAUAUGACAGAGCAGUCUCUCAGGAGAUAAGGACUGAAUUCCAAUUGACAAGCCACCGGAAGAAAGAAAUAAAGAAGGCAGAAAUAGUCUGAGAGGGUCCUAUUUUUUGCCAGUUCAGUCGUAUUUUGUGCUUGUGUCAAUGAGGAUGAAGCAGGUAUGUGCUGAACGUUGUCUUUGUCGUACACAUCUGAAUGAGUCUUUCACCUCCAUGCGGCACAGAAAUUGAGUUAUUUUUGGGUCUACUCAGCGUCUGCCCCGGGGUGAAAGCCAUCUUCCUAUCAGAACAGCCAACGUGAAUGAAGUAAGACCAAUAAGUAAGCCCCAUAUAAACACAGUGGAGUUUAUUUUUCUAGACAAUUCCAGUUGAUAUUAUGAACAUCUGUAGGUUAUCUUUUAUUCCACCAAGUCUGGGCUUUAUUUUCUGCUCUAUAAAUGUGUGUCUUGUGAGUUAUCCAUUAACUAUUUGUAUUUGUCAAGGCUGGUGCUUGUUUGGGUGUCACUUUAUGGUACAGUGCUCUUAAUUCCUGUCUGGUGGUUUUUAUCCAUCUGGUGUAAUUAAUGCAGUGAUUAUUGCUUGUGUCAACAUGCCUUAAUUCAUGGUUUAAGGACAGCGACAGGGUAAAAAUGUAUCAGAGCAGCUGAUAAGCUAUUUCAUACAGUGACUAUUCUGUCGAAGUUGUCUGCCUUUUUCACAGAAAUGCCAUCAAAACAAAUUAGUGUCCAAAUACUACAUAUAUUUAAAAAAAAAAAAAUGUAAACUUUUUUUAUGAUGGGCGUAAUCCAUAAGCCCUGAUACAUACAGCAAGACCAGCUAUUUAGGAAUUUGUACCACUGUACCAUGGAGUGAUUCCUCAACUUUUGCUGAAAUCUAUUUUUUGUUGCGGAGAAACAAGGGCGAAAUAAACAUUUUUUAAUCAAUAA